GAGAGUCGCCGGACCAGAAGAAGGGGAGGCAGGCAAUGGAAGGCAAGAACUUAGAUUUGAACAGGAGGUCCAGCAAAAGUGCUCGGCCCGGGCUGCAGUACCCCGCGGAUAUGGAGCGAGGCCCGAUCAAAUUCACAUUUAAAGGCAGACCGAACCAGCCCAUCGCACCGGUGGAGAACAUUAAGGAAAUCCAGCAAAAGUUGAAGGAAGAGCGGGAAGCCAAGCGAGCACAGCUGGACAGUCGACAUGACUACGUGCUGGGGAUUGUGGCCUCUUGCCUGGGACUCGAAAAAGGGGAGAUUGAAGAUGCCAUUUUGGAGGGGUCACAGAUUGAUCAAAUAGACCAUUUCUUUGCUGCUGGAGGACAAGCCCAUCUUAUGUUCUACUAUCAAGAUAUGGAGCUGGCAGAAGCAGGUGUGGCGACUUCAGGCACAGCAGCAAGCGUUGCGAAAAGCAAGAAGGCCAAAGUGUUUGUGACCGACGGCAAAGAUGUGGCAUUGAGUGGAAUCUGCGUGUUCUUCACAAGAGCCAACGUCUCUAAAGCGAUCACGGCAGAGAAUGUCCACAAGGAAGCCACCUUUAACAUGCUGGACACGUCAGACGCGGGCCUCUUAAAGAGCAUCGAGCAGCUUCUCUCUGAGGUUUUCAUCCCCACACUAAAGAAGAUGAACUACGGCUGGGGCGAGAUGUCCAGCCCUCAGUCGGCUGCGGUGCGGCAGGACUUCCUAUGUUCUCUUGACAGCUUUGUGGCCGUGCUGAGUGGUGCACAGGAGAGCUUGAUGGAGAAGGUGAACCUAAACGACUGUGACACUUACGACUUGAAAACGCUGAAAGGACCCUCUGACUACGCAGCCGUAGUGAACAGCACUGAAGCCCUGGAGAAGAUUGAAGCCUGCAUGAAAGUGUGGAUCAAGCAAAUCGAGCAGGUCCUUGCAGAAAGUGACCAGCUGCGCAAAGAAGCGGAUGAUCUCGGCCCCCGAGCAGAAUUAGACCACUGGAAGAAACGCAUGUCGAGGUUCAACUACCUGCUGGACCAGCUGAGGAGACCGGAUGUGAAGACGGUGCUGGGGGUGCUUACGGUAGCAAAGUCCAAAUUGAUUAAGACCUGGCGAGAACUCGAUACUCGUAUUACCGACUCAGCUAAUGAAGCCAAAGACAACGUGAAGUACAUCUACACCCUGGAAAAAUUCUGUGACCCUUUAUACAACAGUGACCCGGUUUCCAUGGUAGAUGCUGUUCCUGGACUUAUCAAUGCCAUUCAGAUGAUUCAUAGCAUUUCCCGUUACUACAACACUUCAGAAAAGAUAACCUCGUUGUUUGUAAAGGUUACAAACCAAAUGAUCACAGCAUGCAAGGCCUACAUUUCAAACAGUGGAACUGAGACGAUAUGGGAUCAACCUCAGGCUACGGUGGCGGAGAAACUGAAGGCUGCUAUUAGAUUAAACGAGGAGUAUCAGCGCUGCUUCCAACGGACCAAGCAGAAACUGGAACAGAAUCCCUCUGAGAGACAAUUUGAUUUCAGUGAGAUGUAUAUAUUUGGAAAAUUUGAUACUUUUCAGCGCCGUCUGCAGAAAAUCCUCCACAUGUUCCACACCAUUACAACUUAUUCUGUUUUACAAGAUUCUAAAAUUGAGGGUCUGGAGGUCAUGGCAACGAAAUUCCAGGCUAUUGUAGUAUCCAUGAAGAAGAAGCAGUACAACUUCUUGGAUCAGAGGAAGACUGACUUUGAUCAGGACUAUGAGGACUUUUGUAAAAAUACAAGUGAACUUCAUAACCAAUUAAAGAACUUUAUGGAUAUGACAUUUGCAAGGAUUCAGAGUACGGAAGGAGCACUUUUUGUUCUUCGGAAAUUUGAAAAAUUAGGAAUCCCUGAUCUCGGCAUUGAUGACAAGUAUCAGAAGAUACUCUUAAAUUACGGUCGCGAUAUUGAAAUGGUUUCCAAAAUCUACACCAAGCACAAGAAUGAACCUCCUAUUGCCCGCGACUUGCCUCCGAUCUCUGGGAAGAUCUUGUGGGCUCGUCAGCUAUUCAGGAGGAUACAAGACCCCAUGGAGCUCUUUCAGCAGCAACCCAGCGUGCUGCAGACGGCAGAAGCAAAGCGCAUCAUACGCAACUACAACAAGGUGGCCAAAGUUCUGCUUGAGUAUGAGGUGCUCUAUCACAGGGGAUGGAUAAGACAGGUGGAGGUGGCUAAAACUGGCCUACAAGCAUCUUUAUUGGUAAAGUCCUCCGAAACUGGGCAGCUCUUUGUGAAUUUUGACCCUCAAAUCCUCAUUGUAAUUCGGGAGGCCGAGUGCAUGCUGAGAAUGGGCUUGGAAAUCCCACCGUUUGCGUUAUCUCUUCAACAAAAGCAAGAAACCUUUAAAAAGAACUACAAUAAGCUGCAGAUGGUUCUGGAGGAGAACAGACGAGUCCGGAGCAAAAUCCAAAGUGCUUUUGAUCAGCUCUUUGGUCCUCACCUGGUUAAAGUAGAUGAGGCCAUUCAACCAGGGUUGACGUCUCUCAGCUGGACUUCUUUGAAUUUUGAAAAGUACCUGAAUCGAGUAACACGCUCUCUGUCUGACCUGGAACUUCUGGUGGACCGUGUGAACGACUUGGUGGAAUUCCGCAUAGACGCCGUACUCCUAGACAUGAGCUCCACGUGCCUGUGCAACCUGCCUGAAGACGAGCCGUGUACCCCUGAGCAGUUUGCUCAAAUGACCAAGGAACUGUGCAUUAAAGGCGCUCUGAGUCUGCACACCAAAAGCUCCCUGGUGGAGGAAGCAGCCAAUGAACUUAUCAAUAUGUUACUGGAUAUGGAACCAUUAAGCAAGGAGGACGAAGACGAAGAAACAUCCAAGGAAGAACAUAAGGCAGAAAGUGAUAAAGAAGAGAAUGAAGGUGAAGAAGAACAGAAGUCUGAGACUCGAUUGUUUUCUCGCAAUGCCAACCAAAUAACACCUGGUCCAGUUUCCCCUCUGACCAAGAGAAAGAGGAAGGAUAUAGCUGAAGUGCUCGAGGAGGAGGCCCAAGAACUGUUGUCACAUUUCAACCAUCGUAAUGUCGACGCCCUGCUCAAAGUCACUCGCAACACACUGGAGUCCAUACGCAAGCGCAUCUAUUCAUCAUCUGUAAUUCAUUUUUUGGCAGAGAAUGAUCCUGCCGGCAAGCAAAAAAGCUCGGGACAGCCCAUCUUUAGAACCAACAUUGCCUUGUCCAUCCCUAAUAUUAGUAUGGUGCCGCCACUGGAUGAGGUGCAGCAGGCUUUGAACCGCGCAGUGGAGUACAUCGUUAGCGUCCCGAAAGGAGUCGGGCAGUGGAGCAAGGAAAGGAUAUCUAAGAAGAGAAUGAAUGAAAGAAAGAUUGCAGCUCUAAAGCACGACAACAGAGACAGCGACUCAGAUGACGGGGAAACGACAUUCAGGAGCGUUCAUGAUGGCAGCAUGUCUGAUGUCUCAACUUCAGCUACACUAAUGGCCCCUUUCCAGGCGAAAAAUUAUUACAAGGUUAUCUCAGAAAACAAGGAAAUUGUGAAACUGGUGUCUGUGUUGAGCACAUCUAUAAACUCCACUAAAAAGGAGGUUCUCACGGCACUGGAGCGUUUUAGCUGUUAUCAUCAUAUAUGGCAAAAGGAAAGAGAAGAAACGAUUAAAAAGUUCAUUAUGGGAAACCCUUUGCUGUCCGAAUUUGAAUCCCAGAUUCUUUAUUAUAGAGACCUGGAGCUGGAGAUCAACUCGGAGCCAGAGUUCAUCACUGUGGGGUCUCUGGCCCUUUAUACAGCUGACUUGAAAAUGGCCUUGACUGCAGAGACGAAAGCCUGGAUGGUUGAUUUUGGUCGUCACUGUAAUAAGAACUACAGGACAGAAAUGGAAAACAUAUUUACGUUUGUGGAAGAGGCCAGCAAGAAACUGAAUCGGCAGAUCAAGGACUUGGACGACAUCCGAAUCUCCAUGGCAGCGCUGAAAGAAAUCAGAGAGCAACAGAUUAACAUUGAUUUUCAAAUCGGCCCCAUUGAGGAGUCAUACGCCAUGUUGAACAAGUAUGACCUGCUAGUGGCGAAAGAAGAAGCUGAAAGGGUGGACACCUUGCGCUAUACCUGGGAAAAGCUGCUCGGCCGAGGCAACGAGGUUCAGAAUGAGCUGGUGACCCUACAACCCAACUUUCGAGGGGAGCUCAUCAGCAACGUGCAGAUGUUUGUGGAAGACUGUGACAACUUUUAUAAGGAUUAUGAGCAGGAUGGGCCGAUGGUUCUAGGCCUGGCACCUCAAGAUGCAAGUGACAGACUUAUUAUGUUUCAGAAUCGCUUUGACAACCUGCACCGCAAGUACAUCACAUACACCGGAGGGGAGGAGCUCUUCGGCCUUCCCGUGACGCAGUACCCGCAGCUCCUGGAAAUCAAGAAGCAGCUCACCCUGCUCCAGAAGCUUUAUGGUCUUUAUAACAGUGUUAUUGAGACGGUCAACAGCUACUAUGACAUCCUGUGGUCUGAUGUCAACAUCGACAAAAUUAACAAUGAAUUGUCGGACUUCCAAACUCGAUGCCGCAAACUUCCCCGUGCUUUAAAGGAAUGGCAAGCUUUUCUCGACCUGAAGAAGACCAUCGACGAUUUCAGCGAGUGCUGUCCGCUCUUAGAGUUGAUGACUAACAAGGCCAUGAUGACACGUCACUGGAAGAGGAUUACUGAAGCAACGGGGCACAACUUUGAUGUGGAAAGUGACACAUUUAAGCUGAGAAACAUAAUGGAAGCUCCCCUUUUAAAAUGCAAGGAAGAAAUUGAGGACAUCUGCAUAAGUGCAGUCAAAGAACGUGACAUUGAGCAGAAGCUGAAGCAAGUGAUUGCAGAAUGGGAUAACAAAACGUUCACGUUUGCAAAUUUCAAAACCCGGGGUGAGCUCUUACUGAGAGGAGACAGCACUUCUGAAGUCAUUGCCAGCAUGGAGGACAGCUUAAUGAUCUUGGGGUCCUUGAUGAGCAACAGGUACAAUACACCUUUUAAAACGCAGAUUCAGAAGUGGGUGCAGAAUCUCUCAAAUACCACGGACAUUAUAGAAAACUGGAUGACCGUUCAAAACCUGUGGAUUUACUUGGAGGCUGUCUUUGUUGGCGGAGACAUUGCUAAGCAGCUUCCAAAGGAAGCCAAGCGGUUUUCCAACAUUGAUAAAUCGUGGGUGAAGAUAAUGACUCGAGCUCAUGAAAUGCCAAAUGUGGUGCAGUGCUGUGUUGGCGAUGAGACUAUGGGGCAGCUGUUACCUCAUCUACUGGAACAAUUAGAAAUCUGCCAGAAGUCACUGACUGGCUACCUUGAAAAGAAGCGCCUUCUCUUCCCCCGGUUCUUCUUUGUGUCAGAUCCUGCACUUUUGGAGAUCUUGGGGCAGGCCUCCGAUUCCCAUACAAUCCAGGCCCACCUUCUCAACGUUUUUGACAACAUUAAAACUGUGAAAUUCCACGAUAAGGUCUACGACAGGAUCCUCGCCAUUUGUUCCCGUGAGGGUGAAGUUGUUCAUCUCGAUAAGCCUGUGAUGGCAGAGGGCAAUGUGGAAGUGUGGCUGAAUUCUCUGCUAAAGGAAUCCCAGAAGUCCUUACAUCUUGUUAUUCGACAGGCUUCACUGAGCAUACAGGACUCCAGCUUUCAGCUCAUUGAGUUUCUCAAUUACUUCCCUGCACAAGUUGGCCUGCUGGGAAUUCAAAUGAUUUGGACCAGAGAUUCAGAGGAAGCUUUAACAAAUGCAAGGUACGACCGCAAGAUCAUGCCGAAGACAAACCAGGCUUUCUUGGACCUGCUGAACACUCUCAUUGACAUGACCACCAAGGACCUGAGUGCCAUGGAGCGCAUUAAAUAUGAGACCCUCAUCACCAUUCAUGUGCACCAGAGAGAUAUCUUCGACGACCUGUGCCGCUUUCAUAUCAAAACUCCAAGCGAUUUUGAAUGGCUGAAACAGUGCCGAUUUUACUUUAAUGAGGAUUCUGACAAGAUGCUUAUUAACAUCACGGACGUGGAAUUUAUUUACCAGAAUGAAUUUCUGGGUUGCACUGACAGGCUGGUUAUAACGCCUCUCACCGACAGGUGUUAUAUAACUCUGGCCCAAGCCCUAGGCAUGAGUAUGGGAGGAGCACCAGCUGGUCCCGCAGGAACAGGGAAGACAGAGACCACCAAAGAUAUGGGCAGAUGUCUUGGCAAAUAUGUCGUCGUGUUCAACUGCUCUGAUCAGAUGGACUUUCGGGGACUGGGCAGAAUUUUUAAAGGUCUUGCCCAGUCUGGAUCAUGGGGCUGUUUUGAUGAGUUCAAUCGGAUUGAUCUGCCUGUUCUGUCAGUAGCUGCCCAGCAGAUUGCCAUUGUUCUGACCUGUAAAAAGGAGCGCAAGAAAAACUUUAUUUUCACGGAUGGUGACAAUGUGGAUAUGAACCCCGAGUUUGGAAUCUUUCUCACUAUGAAUCCUGGCUAUGCUGGACGUCAAGAACUUCCAGAAAACCUCAAGAUCAAUUUUCGCUCAGUAGCGAUGAUGGUGCCCGAUCGGCAAAUCAUUAUCAGGGUCAAGCUGGCCAGCUGUGGAUUCAUCGAUAACAUCGUGCUGGCCAGAAAGUUCUUCACUUUGUACAAGCUGUGUGAGGAGCAACUGUCUAAACAGGUGCACUACGACUUUGGCCUUCGAAACAUUUUGUCUGUGCUACGAACACUUGGAGCAGCAAAGCGGGCAAACCCCAGUGACACGGAGUCAACUAUUGUGAUGCGCGUGUUGCGAGACAUGAACCUCUCCAAACUGAUUGAUGAAGAUGAACCAUUAUUCCUGAGUCUUAUUGAGGACCUUUUCCCUGGAAUUCAGCUGGAUAAAGCUGGCUAUCCUGAGCUGGAAGUUGCAAUUGACAAGCAGGUUGGUGAGGCCGGUCUUAUCAUCCAUCCAGCAUGGAAACUAAAAGUAAUUCAGCUGUUUGAAACCCAAAGAGUCCGUCAUGGGAUGAUGACACUGGGGCCCAGUGGAGCUGGAAAGACCACCUGCAUUCAUACCUUAAUGAAGGCCAUGACAGACUGCGGCCAGCCCCAUCGAGAGAUGCGGAUGAAUCCAAAAGCUAUCACCGCCCCGCAGAUGUUUGGACGGCUUGACGUGGCUACAAAUGACUGGACUGAUGGCAUCUUCUCAACAUUAUGGAGGAAAACCUUAAGAGCCAAGAAAGGAGAGCACAUCUGGAUUGUGUUGGAUGGGCCUGUGGACGCCAUCUGGAUUGAAAAUUUAAACUCCGUAUUGGAUGACAAUAAGACGCUCACUUUGGCAAAUGGGGAUCGAAUUCCCAUGGCACCCAACUGCAAGAUUAUCUUUGAGCCACACAACAUUGACAACGCGUCUCCGGCUACGGUGUCUCGAAACGGCAUGGUCUUUAUGAGUUCAUCUGUGCUACACUGGAGCCCGAUUCUUGAAGGUUGGCUGAAGAAGCGUUCUCCGCAGGAAAGUGAAACUCUGCGGCAGCUCUACUCUUCAUCUUUCGCCGACAUCUACCGCUUCAGCGUGCAGUCGCUGGAGUACAAGAUGGAAAUGCUGGAGGCCUUUGUGAUCAUGCAGAGCGUUAACAUGCUUCAGGGACUCAUCCCCCCCAAGGAACAAGGUGCAGAAAUAACUCGAGACUAUCUGGAGCGUCUCUAUGUGUUCUCUUUAAUGUGGAGUAUUGGUGCCUUAUUGGAGCUGGAAGACCGGAAGAAACUGGAACUGUGGCUGAGGAAUCAUCACAGCAUCCAUCUUGAUCUGCCAAACAUCCCACCUGGCAGUGAGGACACGAUGUUUGACUACUACGUCACAUCUGAUGCUAAAUGGGUUCAUUGGAACACUCGAGUGGAAGAAUAUGUCUACCCACCAGACAGCACUCCUGAGUACGGCUCCAUUCUUGUGCCUAACGUGGACAACGUGCGCACCGACUUCCUCAUUCAAAUGAUUGCUAAGCAGGGCAAGGCUGUGCUGUUGAUUGGUGAACAGGGUACAGCUAAGACUGUCAUCAUUAAAGGGUACAUGUCAAAAUAUGACCCAGAGUCCCAUAUGGCCAAAAGCCUUAAUUUCUCUUCGGCCACCACUCCACUGAUGUUCCAGCGGACCAUUGAAAGCUAUGUAGAUAAGAGAAUGGGCACGACCUAUGGUCCACCAGCUGGAAAGAAGAUGUCUGUAUUUAUUGAUGAUAUAAACAUGCCUGUCAUCAAUGAAUGGGGAGAUCAGGUGACCAAUGAAAUAGUACGACAACUCAUGGAACAAAAUGGGUUUUACAAUCUGGAAAAACCAGGAGAGUUCACCAAUAUUGUGGAUAUUCAGUUUUUGGCGGCGAUGAUCCAUCCGGGAGGAGGCCGCAAUGAUAUCCCACAGAGGCUGAAGAGACAGUUCUCCAUAUUCAAUUGUACUCUUCCCUCCAACUCCUCCAUUGACAAGAUCUUUGGAGUGAUUGGGACGGGACACUACUGUGCUCAGCGUGGAUUUGUUGAAGACGUGAGGAGCGCUGUGGCUAAGCUGGUGCCUCUGACACGUCGGCUUUGGCAGAUGACGAAAGUCAAAAUGUUACCGACGCCCGCCAAAUUCCACUACAUUUUCAACUUGCGAGACCUCUCCAGGAUCUGGCAGGGAAUGCUGAAUACAAUUGCAGAAGUCAUUAGCAAUAGAAAUGUGGUGCUCCAGCUUUGGAAGCACGAGUGUAAACGAGUCAUAGCGGACCGCUUCACCACCUCGGAGGAUGUGGCCUGGUUUGACCUAACUUUGGCCAAACUUGUGGAGGAAGAUCUGGGACAUGAAGUUAAAGCUGUCGUGGAUUUCGGAACUGAAGCGCAUUUUGUUGACUUUUUAAGAGAUGCGCCGGAAGCCACAGGAGAGGAGCCUGAAGACACCGACUUUGAUAUGCCGAAAAUUUAUGAGCCAGUCGAGUCUUUCGAAAGCCUUAAAAGCCGAUUAAACAUGUUUCUGUCUCAAUACAAUGAGAACAUUCGUGGAGCUGGGAUGGACAUGGUCUUCUUCCGGGAUGCCAUGGUCCACUUAGUCAAGAUCUCACGAAUCAUUCGCACUCCCCGUGGAAACGCCCUGCUGGUUGGGGUUGGUGGAUCUGGAAAGCAGAGCCUGACCAGACUGGCAUCGUUCAUCGCCGGCUACAAGACGUUCCAGAUCACUUUAACAAGGUCUUAUAAUUCAUCGAACCUAAUGGAAGACUUGAAAGCGCUCUACAGGAUGGCAGGACAACAAGGCAGCGGCAUCAGCUUCAUCUUCACUGACAAUGAAAUCAAAGACGAGUCCUUCCUGGAGUACAUGAAUAAUGUGCUGUCAUCAGGGGAGGUUUCAAACCUUUUUGCACGAGAUGAAAUCGAUGAGAUCACCAGCGAUCUGGUCCCGGUCAUGAAGAAGGAGUUUCCGCGGCGCCCUCCGACCAACGAGAACCUGUACGACUAUUUCAUGACUCGGGUCAGGCAGAACCUGCAUGUGGUGCUCUGCUUUUCGCCGGUCGGUGAGAAGUUUCGUAACAGGGCCCUGAAAUUUCCGGCUUUGAUUUCCGGCUGUACUAUGGACUGGUUCAGCCGCUGGCCUAAGGAUGCCUUGAAUGCUGUGUCAGAACAUUUCCUGUCCAACUACAACAUCGAUUGUGGGCCUGAUGUCAAAGCAGAGGUAGUUCAGUGUAUGGGCUCCUUUCAGGACGGAGUGGCUGAGAAAUGCGUGGACUACUUCCAGAGAUACCGACGAUCAACACACGUCACUCCCAAAUCCUACCUGUCCUUCAUCCAAGGAUACAAGACCAUUUAUAAAGAGAAGCAUGCAGAGGUGCAAACUUUAGCUGACAGAAUGAACACUGGCUUGGAAAAACUCAAGGAAGCUUCGGAGUCGGUAGCAGGUCUUAGCAAGGAGCUGGAAGUGAAAGAAAAAGAACUGAAGGUGGCAAACGAGAAGGCUGACAUGGUAUUAAAAGAGGUAACCGUGAAGGCCCAAGCGGCGGAAAAAGUGAAACUGGAAGUCCAGAAGGUGAAGGACAAAGCCCAGGCUCUCGUGGACAGCAUCUCAGCAGACAAGGCCAUUGCGGAGGAGAAGCUGGAGGCCGCCAGACCCGCGCUGGAGGAAGCCGAGGCGGCUCUGCAGACCAUCAAGCCGUCGGACAUCGCCACGGUCCGCACUUUGGGUCGCCCCCCGCACCUCAUCAUGCGGAUUAUGGACUGCGUGCUCCUGCUGUUUCAACGCAGAGUCAACACUGUAAAGUUUGACCCAGAAAGGAGCUGCACUAUUCCUUCAUGGCAGGAGUCCCUGAAGCUGAUGACGGCGGGCAACUUCCUCGGCAGUCUCCAGCAAUUUGCCAAAGACACCAUCAAUGAAGAGGUAGUAGAGCUGCUACACCCAUACUUCGAAAUGACCGACUAUAACAUCGAAACUGCCAAAAGAGUGUGUGGAAAUGUCGCCGGUCUUUGUUCUUGGACAAAAUCCAUGGCUGUCUUUUUUUCCAUUAAUAAGGAGGUCCUACCACUAAAGGCAAAUUUGGUGGUGCAGCAAAACCGACUGGCCAUUGCCAAUGAAGAUCUUUAUAAAGCCCAGGCGGAGCUCGACGCCAAGCAAGCGGAGCUGGACAUUGUGCAGGCGGAGUAUGAGAAGGCCUUGAUGGAAAAGCAGACCCUCCUGGAGGACGCCGAGCGCUGCCGCCACAAGAUGCAGACAGCGUCCAGUUUGAUCAGUGGGCUUGCUGGGGAGAAAGAGCGCUGGACAGAACAGAGAAAGGAGUUUGCUGCGCAGACCAAGAGGCUUGUUGGGGAUGUCUUACUUGCUACUGCCUUCCUUUCAUAUUCUGGACCCUUUAACCAAGAAUUUCGGAACCUGCUGUUAACGGACUGGCAGAAAGAAAUGAAGACACGUAAAAUACCCUUUGGGAAUAACCUGAACCUCACGGAAAUGCUGAUUGAUGCUCCGACUGUCAGUGAAUGGAACCUUCAAGGACUACCAAACGAUGAUCUUUCGAUACAAAAUGGAAUUAUCGUCACUAAAGCUGCACGCUUCCCCCUCCUGAUUGAUCCACAGACGCAGGGCAAAAUUUGGAUAAAAAACAAAGAAGCUAAAAAUGAACUGCAGAUCACAUCCCUCAACCACAAAUACUUCAGAAACCAUUUGGAGGACAGCCUGUCAUUAGGAAGGCCAUUGCUGAUAGAAGAUGUCGGAGAGGAGCUUGACCCCGCGCUAGACAAUGUGCUGGAGAAGAACUUCAUCAAAACCGGAUCAACAUACAAGGUGAAAGUAGGAGACAAGGAAGUGGAUGUGAUGAAUGGCUUCCGUCUCUACGUCACCACAAAGCUGCCCAAUCCAGCAUAUACUCCUGAGAUCAGCGCCCGCACGGCCAUCAUCGAUUUUACCGUCACCAUGAAAGGACUGGAGGACCAGUUAUUGGGAAGAGUCAUCCUGACUGAAAAGCAGGAACUAGAGAAAGAAAGAACGGACCUAAUGGAAGAUGUCACAGCAAACAAACGGAAGAUGAAGGAGCUGGAGGACAAUUUGCUCUAUAGGCUAACGAGCACCCAAGGGUCCCUGGUGGACGAUGAGAGUCUCAUUGUUGUACUCAGCAACACAAAGAGGACAGCCGAGGAGGUCACUCAGAAGCUGCAGAUUGCAGCCGAGACUGAAGUGCAGAUCAACACAGCCCGAGAAGAAUACAGACCAGUUGCCACCAGGGGUAGCAUUCUGUAUUUCCUCAUCACAGAAAUGAGCAUGGUCAACGUCAUGUAUCAGACCUCACUGCGCCAGUUUCUUGGUCUUUUUGAUCUCUCCUUGGCCAGGUCUUCGAAAAGUCCGAUUACCAGCAAGAGGAUAACCAAUAUCAUCGAGCACAUGACGUUUGAAGUACAUAACUACGCAGCCCGUGGCCUUUACGAAGAACACAAGUUUUUGUUCACUCUGCUGUUGACGCUAAAGAUUGAUAUGCAAAGCAAAAAAGUUAAACACGAGGAGUUCCUCACUCUUAUCAAAGGUGGAGCAUCUUUGGAUUUAAAGGCAUGCCCACCCAAAGCAGCCAAGUGGAUUCUUGACAUGACUUGGCUCAAUCUGGUAGAGCUUAGCAAACUACGGCAGUUUUCAGACAUUCUUGAUCAAAUUGGAAGAAACGAGAAGCCAUGGAAAACCUGGUUUGACAAAGAUACCCCUGAAGAAGAAGUUAUUCCAAACGCUUAUGAUCAAGCUUUGGAUUCAUUUAGGCGUCUCCUCCUGAUCAGGUCCUGGUGUCCCGACCGAACAAUUGCUCAGGCUCGCAAGUACAUAAUGGACUCCAUGGGAGGAAAAUAUGCUGAAGGUGUUAUUCUGGAUUUGGAAAAGACCUGGGAAGAGUCCGAUCCUCGCACACCUCUCAUUUGUUUCCUGUCUAUGGGAUCUGAUCCCACCGACUCCAUUAUUGCCCUUGGGAAGAGGCUGAAGAUCGAGACACGAUAUGUUUCAAUGGGCCAGGGGCAAGAGGUUCACGCUCGGAAGCUUUUGCAGCAGACUAUGGCACAUGGUGGAUGGGCUCUUUUACAGAACUGUCAUCUGGGACUUGACUUCUUAGAUGAGCUGAUGGACACCAUAACGGAAACAGAGACGGUCCAUGAGUCAUUUAGGUUAUGGAUGACCACCGAGGUCCAUAAACAGUUCCCAAUCACUCUUCUGCAGAUGUCCAUUAAAUUUACUAAUGAACCACCUCAAGGACUUAAGGCUGGCUUGAAGAGAACGUAUGGAGGUAUAAGCCAGGACUUGCUAGACGUCAGCAACAUGACUCAAUGGAAGCCAAUGCUGUACGGAGUUGCCUUUCUUCAUUCCACCGUCCAAGAGAGACGCAAAUUUGGUCCCCUUGGCUGGAACAUCCCUUACGAAUUUAACCAGGCAGAUUUCAAUGCAACGGUACAGUUCAUACAGAACCACUUAGACGACAUGGACAUUAAAAAGGGGGUCUCCUGGAGUACGGUGCGUUACAUGAUUGGGGAGAUCCAGUAUGGAGGAAGGGUUACCGAUGACUAUGACAAGAGGCUUCUUAACACUUUCGCUAAAGUCUGGUUCAGUGAAAUCAUGUUUGGAGCCGAUUUCUGUUUCUACAAAGGUUACAGCAUUCCAAAAUGUAUCAACGUUGAUCAGUAUCUUCAGUACAUACAGGGUUUACCUGCAUAUGACACCCCAGAAGUCUUUGGGCUUCACCCAAAUGCCGACAUCACAUACCAGAGUAAGCUGGCAAAAGAUGUCCUCGACACGAUCCUGAGCAUCCAGCCGAAAGACAGCGCGAGUGGAGGAGGAGAGACGAGAGAAGCCGUGGUCGGGAGACUGGCUGACGACAUGCUGGAAAAACUUCCGGCCGACUACAUUCCCUUUGAGGUCAAGGAAAGGCUGCAAAAAAUGGGUGCCUUGCAGCCUAUGAAUAUCUUCCUAAGGCAAGAGAUUGAUCGCAUGCAAAGAGUUAUAGUUCUGGUGAGAAACACGCUAACUGACCUGAAACUUGCCAUUGACGGGACCAUCAUAAUGAGUGAAAAUCUACGAGAUGCUUUAGACUGCAUGUAUGAUGCCAGGAUCCCUGCUCGAUGGAAAAAGGCGUCUUGGGAAUCAAGUACUUUAGGCUUCUGGUUCACCGAACUUCUUGAAAGAAACCGCCAGUUUCACUCUUGGAUCUUUGAGGGACGACCAAACUGUUUCUGGAUGACGGGCUUUUUUAAUCCGCAAGGCUUUUUAACUGCAAUGAGACAGGAAAUUACACGCGCUAACAAAGGAUGGGCAUUGGACAGUGUGGUGCUUUGCAAUGAAGUCACAAAAUGGAUGAAAGAUGACAUCACGCAACCUCCUGCUGAAGGGGUCUAUGUCUAUGGGUUGUACCUGGAAGGCGCUGGAUGGGACAGGAGAAACUGCAAACUCAUUGACUCCAAGCCCAAGGUUCUGUUUGAAAUGAUGCCUGUCAUACGGAUUUAUGCCGAAAACAACAGUACAAGAGAUCCUCGCUUGUACUCCUGUCCAAUAUACAAAAAGCCUGUGCGGACGGAUCUGAAUUACAUCGCGGCUGUGGACCUUCGAACGGUGCAAAUGCCGGAACACUGGAUCCUACGGGGUGUCGCUCUGCUUUGCGAUGUGAAGUAACCGUAUUUACUGUGCAUGCGUACUUUGUAUUAUUAUUAUGAAACAGUGUUUAGUUUGAUAUAUCUUAUGAAAAAUAAAAUGUCAGGUUAUGACUUUGGUUGAUCAAUUAAAGUUCUUUAGCAUGAAAUACAAAUAUAUUCCAGUAUGGCCUAAUUUAAGAAAUUGUAAUAUACAAAUUGAAGCUUUUCAUAUUUUGAAUCUGUACAGUACAUAUUACUGUAUGUUUUGGAAUAAAAAAACACUAUUUUUGUUGUAUACUGUGUAAAGAUAUCUAAAGGUGAAUAGUAGCAAAUUAAACAUGAAUUAUAAGGAUUACAAAUGUUUACCUGAUGAAGAUGCCGUGAAUAAACCUUUUUUUUUAA